AGGAUAUAAUAAUUCAGACCUUGCUAAUUGUAAAACCUUUUUUAAAUUAUCCCGAAUCUGCAUUAAUGAGUGUCAUACCUAACAGAGUACGAGUACGGCAAGUCACGGGGAUUCCAUACUCUGUAUAG